AUGGACACAUUAGUCAUACCAGUCUCCAGUCGCGAACCACCAAAACCAGCACCCUCACCGAAGGUAGAACGUUCCCUGCAGCCUCGACAACGGGCGGAAUGCACGCGCACAACUACAGUACCGUUCCGAAUCAACCCGAGCCUGCGAUCCUACGACAAGCUGUCUAGCUCAAAAGGUGGUGUUAGGAUGGAGCUCAAAGAACACGUCAGGCCUCGCACACCCCGUGUCACGCCACAAGGUGUCUCGCAACGAGCCAGAUAG